UAGAAAGGAAUUUUGGAGGAAAGACCGAAUGAAAUUUUCAAGGAUAUUAACCAAAACAUUUGCUUAGCAAAACUAUAAAAAGUCAAAUACUCACCUGAGGUUAGUGUAGCUUCUUGGUAUAAACAAAAAAUAUGUUUGAAUAUGAAAUAGUCGCGCUUUCUUGAAGCUAUAAAUAGAUAUAGCAACUGACACAAGUAUAUAACUUCAAACACUAAAAACCAUCAAUGGCGAUUACCUCCAAAUCCAUAGCUUUAACAACAAUCUUCCUAUCAAUCCUUUUUUCUUGCGCCUCAAGCCAACAAGAAACCAAGUUUCUUAACCAUGGCUUUCUUGGUGCUAACCUCCUCAACUUCGGCUCCUCCAUUGUCCACCCUAGUGGCCUCUUGGAGCUGACAAACACUUCGAUGAGGCAAAUUGGUCAAGCUUUCCACGGCUUUCCCAUACCCUUCUCGAAACCUAACUCCUCAAACUCUAUUUCUUUCUCCACAAGUUUCGUCUUCGCCAUCACUCCAGGACCCGGUGCACCAGGCCACGGCCUCGCUUUCGUCAUUUCACCCUCCAUGGACUUUAGCGGAGCCCUUCCCAGCAAUUACCUAGGCCUCUUCAACACUUCCAACAACGGAAACUCCUUAAACCGCAUCCUCGCAGUUGAGUUCGACACGGUCCAGGCCGUUGAGUUGAACGAUAUCGAUGAUAACCAUGUUGGUAUUGACCUAAACGGAGUGGUCUCCAUUGAGUCUGCACCAGCUGCGUAUUUUGAUGACCGAGACGCAAAGAACAUAAGCUUGAGGCUGGCCAGUGGGGACCCAAUCAGAGUCUGGAUCGAAUACAACGCGACAGAGAUGUUGCUCAAUGUCACGUUAGCUCCUCUACAACGUCCAAAGCCAAACUUGCCUCUCCUCUCGAGGAAAAUGAAUCUUUCCGAGACUUUAUCCGAACAACAACACUAUGUUGGAUUCUCUGCAGCCACCGGAACCGUCACGAGCACGCAUCUUGUUCUAGGCUGGAGCUUCAGCAUAGAAGGGAGAGCAGCAGAGAUUGACCUAACAAAGCUUCCUUCCAUUCCAGUCCCUCCGUCUCCGUCCUCUCCACCACCAAACCCUCCUCCAGUUUCAGUGAAAAAGGAUUCUAACAACACGAAGCUCAUCAUAAUCUUCGCUGCAUCAGCAACAGGUGUAGUCGUGAUCUUGAUUCUCUUAGGGUUUUGGCUCUUCCGUAGAAGGCAAGUAUUCUUCACAGGAGGCGCAAGAAAAUUCUCCCACCAGAUGAUAUCAAGCGCGACGGGAGGCUUCGACAACUCUAGACUUCUCGGAGAGAGAAACUCUGGAAGUUUCUACAAAGGGCAGCUUACUCCUACGGAGAUUAUAGCAGUGAAGAGAAUUACUUGCACCACAAGGCAGCAAAAGACAACCCUAAUAGCGGAGAUAGCUUCUAUCUCAAGACUAAGACAAAGAAAUUUAGUUAAUCUACUUGGUUACUGCAGCAAAGGUAACGAGAUCUAUCUCGUUUACGAGUACGUCCCCAAUGGUAGCCUAGACCGGUUCUUAUUCAGCAAUGACCGACCGGUUCUCACAUGGUCGGACCGGUUCUGUAUCAUAAAGGGGAUUGCAGCCGGACUUCAAUACCUUCACGGCGAGGGUCAGAGACCUUUGAUUCACGGGAACGUGAUACCUAGCAACGUCCUCCUAGACGAGGAGCUAAACGCUAGACUAGGAGACUACGGACAAGGAAACAGGCACAGCAACACGGGACACGUGGCGCCGGAGCUAGUCGAGACGGGAAAGGCUACACGUGACGCAGAUGUGUUUGGUUUUGGGGUGUUGGUUAUGGAGAUUUUAUGUGGAAGAAAAGCUAUAGAGCCGACAAAACCACCUGAAGAGAUUAGUUUAGUGAACUGGGUGCUUCACGGGUUCAAGAAAGGUGAUCUUUUACAGACAUGUGACACGAGAAUGAAUAGAGACGAGUUGGUGGGUAGAGAAGUGUUACUGGUUCUGAAAACCGGGCUUCUUUGCGCUAACCGGUCUCCGGAAGCUAGGCCAAUGAUGAAGCAAGUGGUUCGAUAUCUCGACGGUACAGAAAGUCUCCCUCAUGACGACUACCUCUUCUACGGAGUCUAAAAGAGGUUGUAAUUGAAAUUCAGUUUUACUCUGUGGG